GCCGCGCAGGGCUGGCACGGCAGGGGAAGAUGGCGGCGGCGGGCGGGGGCGGCGCCGCGGUGUCGGUGCUGGCGCCCAGCGGGCGGCGGGUCACGGUGCGGGUGGGGCCCGGCACGGUCCUGCUCCAGGUCCUCGAGGAGGUCUGCAGGAAGCAGGGUGGCAGCCCUGGCGAGUACGGCCUGAAGUUUCAGAGGAAUGUGUUGGACCUGUCUUUGCAGUGGAGAUUUGCUAGGCUGCCCAACAAUGCCAAACUGGAGAUGGUGCCAGUCUCCAGCAGAGCAGGAGCUGGAACCACGGUUCGGAUAGCAUUACAACUAGAUGAUGGCUCCCGCUUGCAAGACACCUUCCUCUGUCAACAGACCUUGUGGGAACUUCUCAACCAUUUUGCAAAGAUCAGGGAGCUGAUGGAACAGGAUGGUGAAUUGUCUCCAGUCUGUAUUUACAUGCGGGAUGAGAUAUCAGGAAAAGAGGCCCUGGAGAGGACAACACUGAAAUCACUUGGCCUGAUUGGAGGCAAUGCCAUUAUCAGAGUUGUCAUGAAGAAAUGCCGUUCAUCUGGUGGGGAGGGUGCCACGGUGCCUUGUAAUGAGCCAACAGUGAGGCAAGGCUCCAUGGAAGAAGCAAUGGAUGUGCCACUACCUCAAGAAAACACAUUUCCAAAGGACUUGGAGCACAGGGAUGUGGCUGUAUCUUUAAACAGCUGCACACACAAGCAAGACUCGAUUAAAGAUUCUCAUGCUAGCUUGGAGGAGCUGCAGCAUUUCCCAGAGCCUGAGCCUGACCCGCUUGGCCCUUUUUUUGGAGAGGGAGAGCAUCUGGGGGACUCUCCUGUAGCUGUACCAUCUUCAAACCUGCCAACAACUUUUUCGAGCCCUGGCGGUCCUUCUAAGCCAAAGAAGUCUAAGAACAGCCAAGAACUGCGAAAGGAGCAAGAACAGCUUGUAGAACGUGAGCCCCUUAUAUGUCACCUAGACCUACUGGAACAACUUUCUGAUGGCCCAGAAGAGCUUCCUGAUGAAUUUUUUGAAGUCACAGUGGAUGAUGUACGGAAACGUUUGGCACAGCUGCAGAAUGAGAGGAAACGCCUGGAAGACGCUCCACUGAUGACAAAGUCCUUGAGGGAGUCUCAGCAGAAGGAGAAGUUGGAGCGUUACCCCAAGGUGGUGGUGAGAGUUCAUUUUCCAGACCGUCACGUUCUGCAAGGCUGCUUCCAUCCCACUGAGACUGUUGGCAUUUUGAGAGACUUUGUAAGAAGCCACCUUGCCAAUGCAGAGUUGCCAUUUUACUUAUUUGUUGCACCUCCCAGAAUCAUCUUGAGCGAUGAAAGCCUGACGCUGUUUGAGGCUAACCUUUUCCCAACUGCUGUGAUUCAUUUUGGAUCCAAGGAGCGCAGGGCUUGUUACCUGAAAUCAGACCUGCUGUGCUCUGCAGUUUCUCCUUCUUCAGCUGAUUUAUUGGUAGCCAGAUCAUUAGUUCCUUCUGCUUCAUCAACUUUAGCAUCAGUGGUUCCAUCCCUAUCUGCACCAGAAGUGGGAAGUGACAAAGAGACCAUUGAGCAGCCAGAAGCAGCCAGCACUCAGGGAGCUCCACAAGUGCUUAGAAAAGCCCCUGGGAAAAUACCCAAAUGGCUGAAGCUUCCAGGUGGGAAGAGAUGAAGCAUCCUGGGCUGCUGGAUCACUGAGUUGUCAGCUGUGCCUUCUUCUCCGCGAACUUACUAAGAAUGUGUAAAAGGUGUUGGUGGCCAUGGAGAGAUCUAAUCUGUAUGAACAUUAGUUAUAAAAAGAGAAUGGCUAUUUCAGAUACCAGUUGCAGUUGGUGGAGGAGUGGAGGGCCUGCUUGUGGUCUUUGUGACUACAGAAGCAAGCUUAGAUGUUAAAUUUAAGGUUUCUUGCAUGCAAAUAACAAGAAUAGAGAAUUAAGGGAGACAUGAUUCCUAUAUACUUUCUGCAAAGGACUUUGUUUCUAUCCCUACUUUUAAAUUCAAAUCCUCUCAGUUCCACCUUCAGAGAUCACUUGAGUCUAGCCUCAAUUCUAGUGGCAAGAUAAAAUCUGGUUCAGUUUUACCUAUAAUAGUUAAGUGGUGCCUAGAACAAGACUUCUCGCUGCUUCUUAGUGAUUAGGGUUAGUGCUGCUGAUAAUUCUGGACAUAGAUGGCUGGAAAAUAAAUGAAGAGUAAGCAGUUAAGUUA